AGAAAAAAAAAAGCCAACAUGAGCAUUACACUUGUGCUCUGUUUCGUACUGCCCCAACACCAUUGUGCAAUCUGACAUUUCUGUUUCUUACUAAGACAAAAUGACAAUUUUCCCGGAGGAAAGCAUGAUGCAGUGUAAACAUGAAGGACACUUUUACAGCCAUCCACUGCCAUCCAAAGUAACCUGAGGCAGUAGCAAACGGAGGCGUGUAUCAGGUGUCCUAAUUAGAUUUACAAACAGAGUUGCUAUUCAAUAAGAGUAUUGGAUUUCGACUUCGGGAAUACUUCUAAAAGUUUUCGAUUUCAACCAACUUAAAAAAUGCAUGAGCGUCCAAUUUGCAUUGGUCGCACACUUUCAGAUCAACUGAUGAUGCCAGACGCUCACACUGAACAGCAUAGGACACGAGUAGAUAUUUAGGUAUAUUAUUUAUCUAGUAGAUAAAAGGUCGGUUUUUUUCUAUUAUUUCCUAGAAUGAAGUUAUUUCCUGAUUAGGCAGCGCUUUGAGAUGAUGUCUGAGCGCUGACCGGUGCAGUGCUGCUGCUGCUGCCUGGAGCCGCACGCUUCCCGCUGACGUCAUCAGCGGCUUCUCUUCUCAGGAGUUCAAUCCAAAGCCGGGGAGAAGAGACAGAGGAGAACCGGAGAACUUCACUUCAGCAGGACAUACUGUCUUUCACCGCUCAGCACCACACCCCAGCACACUCUUUACUGACGGACUUAUUUAGUGUUAGUGGUGUGGAGUGCAAUGGAUGAUGGGAAGCCUGUGUGGGCACCCCAUCCAACAGAUGGGUUCCAGCUGGGGAUGAUCGUGGACAUCGGUGCUGACACACUCACUAUUGAGCCACUCGGUCACAGGGGGAAGACUUUCCUGGCUUCCAUUAGCCAAGUCUUUCCAGCAGAGGAUGAUGUCAACAAACAUGUUGAGGAUAAUUGUUCUCUUAUGUACUUAAAUGAAGCCACCCUUCUGAACAAUGUACGGGUCCGUUACAGUAAAGACCAGAUCUAUACAUAUGUGGCUAACAUCCUGAUUGCUGUGAACCCUUACUUCGACAUUCCCAAACUUUAUGCUCCCGAGACCAUCAAGAGCUAUCAGGGCCGCUCUUUGGGAACCCUCCCACCUCAUGUUUAUGCUAUUGCUGAUAAAGCAUUUCGAGACAUGAAGGUGCUGAAGAUGAGCCAGUCCAUCAUUGUAUCUGGUGAAUCUGGUGCUGGAAAAACUGAAAACACAAAGUUUGUUCUCAGGUAUUUAACCAGUUCAUAUGGUACUGGUCAAGAUAUUGAUGAGAGGAUUGUUGAGGCAAACCCACUGCUUGAAGCAUUUGGAAACGCGAAGACUGUCAGGAACAACAACAGUAGCCGUUUUGGCAAAUUUGUAGAAAUUCAUUUUAAUGAAAAGAAUGCAGUCGUGGGUGGAUUUGUCUCACACUAUCUAUUAGAGAAGUCUCGCAUCUGCAUGCAGAGUUCGGAUGAGCGCAAUUAUCACAUAUUCUACCGGCUGUGCGCCGGUGCCUCGGAAGACAUCAAGAAUACACUGCACUUAAACUCGCCUGACAAUUUUCGGUAUUUAAACCGUGGCUGUACAAGAUACUUCGCAAGCAAAGACUCUGAUAAGCAGAUCUUGCAGAAUCGGAAGAGUCCUGAGCAAAUGAAAGUAGGAGCUCUGAAAGACCCUCAGCUGGAUGAUGUGGGGGAUUUUAAUAGGAUGUGCACAGCCAUGAAAAAGAUCGGCCUUGAUGACACAGAGAAGCUCAAUCUCUUCAGAGUGGUGGCAGGAGUCUUGCAUCUGGGCAACAUAGACUUUGAAGAAACCGGAAGCACUUCAGGUGGCUGUGUUCUGAAGAAUCACUCGACUCAGACUCUGCAGUACUGCGCUGAGCUCCUGGGUCUGGACCAGGACGACCUGAGAGUCAGCCUUACCACUAGGGUCAUGCUUACCACUUCAGGGGGCACAAAAGGCACAGUCAUCAAGGUGCCGCUGAAGGUGGAGCAGGCCAACAAUGCGCGCGAUGCACUAGCCAAGGCCAUUUACAGCCGCCUCUUCGAUCAUGUGGUCACACGGGUCAACCGGUGCUUCCCCUUCGAGACCUCCUCAAACUUUAUUGGAGUGCUGGACAUUGCUGGAUUCGAGUAUUUUGAGCAUAAUAGCUUUGAGCAGUUCUGCAUCAACUACUGUAAUGAAAAGUUGCAGCAGUUUUUCAAUGAGCGCAUACUGAAAGAGGAACAAGAACUGUAUCAGAAAGAAGGUUUGGGAGUAAAUGAAGUUCAUUAUGUUGAUAAUCAGGACUGCAUAGACCUCAUUGAGGCAAAACUGGUAGGAAUUCUGGACAUCCUUGAUGAGGAGAACCGACUUCCCCAACCCAGUGACCAGCACUUUGCUGAGGCUGUUCACACUAAGCACAAAGAUCAUUUCCGCCUCACGAUUCCAAGGAAGUCCAAACUAACAAUCCACAGGAACCUAAGGGAUGAUGAAGGAUUCAUCAUCAGGCACUUUGCAGGAGCUGUGUGCUAUGAGACUGCCCGAUUUGUGGAGAAGAAUAAUGAUGCCCUCCACAUGUCCUUGGAGAGCCUUGUGUGCGAGUCGAAGGACAAGUUUGUCCGGGAUCUCUUUGAGAACAACUCAAACUCAAAGGACUCCAAGCAGAAGGCUGGCAAACUCAGCUUCAUCAGUGUAGGAAACAAGUUCAAGACUCAAUUGAUCCUUCUACUAGAAAAGCUUUGCAGCACAGGAUCCAACUUUAUCCGCUGUGUGAAGCCUAAUCUGAAGAUGAUCAGCCACCAGUUUGAAGGAGCACAGAUUCUGUCCCAGCUGCAGUGUUCUGGAAUGGUUUCAGUACUGGAUCUGAUGCAGGGAGGUUUUCCUUCCCGAGCUCCUUUCCAUGAACUAUAUAAUAUGUACAAGAAAUACUUGCCGAGCAAGCUUGCCAGACUCGAUCCUCGUCUCUUUUGUAAGGCUCUCUUUAAAGCACUGGGGCUUAAUGACAAUGAUUACAAGUUUGGACUGACCAAAGUGUUUUUUCGCCCUGGAAAGUUUGCAGAGUUUGACCAGAUCAUGAGGUCAGACCCAGAGCACUUGGCAGAGCUGGUCCAGCAGGUCAACAAGUGGCUAGUGGGCAGCCGCUGGAAAAAGGUCCAGUGGUGUGGAUUGGCUGUUAUUAAAUUGAAGAAUAAAAUCAAGUACAGGGCCAGCGCCUGCAUUAAAAUUCAGAAAACAGUUCGCAUGUGGCUGUGCAAGAAGAGACAUAAGCCUCGUGUUGACGGUCUGGUAAAGGUUCGGAACCUGAAGAAGAGAAUAGAAAAGUUUAAUGAGGCUGUGAGCGGUCUGAAAGAGGGCAAGCUGGAGAUGAGUAAGCAGAUUCAAGAGCUGGCAACCUCCAUCGACUCCCUCAUGAACAAGAUUAAGAAUACAGUGAUGAGUCGCUCAGAGAUUGAACAGGAAUAUGAGGAUCUGGUAAAGUGCUCGGAGCAGCUGCUUUCCUCCAUGCAGAAGAAAAAGCAAGAAGAGGAGGAGAUCGAGCGGCUCAAGCACAUCCAGGAAGAAAUGGACAGGGAGCGAAAGAGACGCGAAGAAGAGGCACAGUUACGCAAACAGGAGGAAGAUGACCGUCGAAUGAAAGCAGAGAUUGAGCAGAAGAGGAAGCAGGAAGAGGAGGAGAGGAAGAAGCGUGAAGAGGAUGAGCGAAUCCUACAGGUGGAACUGGACAUUCAGUUGGCUCUAGAGCGAGAGGAGGAGGUACAGAGGCAAGCAGUACUGGAGCAGGAAAGGAGGGAUAGAGAGCUGGCAAUGAGGAUAGCUCAGAAUGAAACCGAACUCAUCCAGGAUGAGUCUCAGAUGGACCUCAGCCUACGCAGGGGUCCACAAGUUCAAGCCAGCAAAGCAGCCGUCGGGGUGAAGAAGUACGACCUGAGCAAAUGGAAAUAUGCAGAGCUUCGAGAUGCUAUCAACACCUCUUGUGAUAUAGAACUCCUGGCAGCAUGCAGAGAGGAGUUUCAUCGUCGUUUAAAGGUCUACCAUGCCUGGAAGUCAAAGAACAAGAAACGCAACACUGAGACUGAGCAGAGAGCCCCCAAAUCAGUCACGGACUAUGCCCAGCAAAACCCAGCUCCUCCAGUUCCUGCCCGGCAGCAGGAGAUUGCCGUGAAUAGGCAACAGCGCUACUUUCGCAUUCCUUUCAUCCGCCCUGCAGACCAAUAUAAAGACCCCCAGAAUAAGAAGAAGGGCUGGUGGUAUGCCCAUUUUGACGGCCCCUGGAUCGCAAGACAAAUGGAGCUGCACCCAGACAAACAACCCAUUCUACUGGUAGCAGGAAAAGAUGAUAUGGAAAUGUGUGAGCUGAGUCUGGAGGAGACGGGGCUGACAAGAAAACGUGGAGCAGAGAUUCUACCACGCCAGUUUGAGGAGAUCUGGGAGCGCUGCGGUGGGAUUCAGUAUCUAAGGAACGCCAUCGAGAGCAAGCAGGCUCGGCCCACCUACGCCACGGCCAUGCUCCAAAACCUUCUGAAGUGAAGAGCAUCUUUAGUUUCUUUGCAGCUUUUAAAGUCUGGGUUGACACCAGAGCUUCAACACAGGGACCAGCACUGCUCUCAUCUACCUGCUCCUUCGAGGAAGAGUUCAUGACCAAUGUAGAUUUAUUUUUCUCUCUUCUUAUUUUUCUUCUCUGUCCAAUCAUUUGUUUUUGGUUGAAAUUUAUUUUGCUGUGGUAAUUGGAAUUUUUGAUGCACGUUCAUACAAUACAAUUGUUGGUCACUGAGUUUGAUCUUUUUUUUUCAUUUACUUCAUUUAUUUACAUCACUGUGUCUUUUACCUUGUUAUUAAAGAUUGUGGGUGGUAUCAUUUUGCUCUGUUCUCUGCUUUGGAGAAUUUUUGUUCUUGCAAACUUUUUCGUCCCUGGAGUACAUUUUCAGUACAUUCAUUUUGUACAUCAAUGUUAAUUACAGCAAUAUCAACCCUAGACCUUUUCCACACUAGAGAAUUUCUAUAACAUCUCCUGAGCUCUUUAAAGAAAGCACAAGAAUUACGUAGUGAUUCAUGAUCUAGAGUGCAUUUGUUCUUGUAAGCACUUUAUUGGUCUUUAGAACUAAUUACAGUUUGCGUUAGAGCAUAUUUUUGAGAUAUUAAGAUGUAAUUCGCAAUAAAAACCAUUUAUUACCAGAUCUCUGCUGUUGGUACAGUAGUUUUUCAAUUAUGUUUUUUGAAAUUAAUAAACCGUUUUAUGUCUACACAUAGUUUCAGUGCAUUUCAAAUGUAGAUGUGACAGAAGCCCACCAGCACUGAGUAGUUGCCCACAAUUUUGAUUGCUUGUAAAUUUGCAGUCUGACUUGUGUGUCCCCUAUUAGCAUGUUUUCAGUGACACCGAUCGACAUGAAAUAUACUCAACAUCAGUAGUUUUGUUGGAUUUGAAUAAAAUCCAUUUUCUACAAAAACGUACUGUGUCCGCAUAUUUUACACCUGCUGGUUGGUGGAAGAAAAAAAAAUUCACAUUCACAAGGUACAUAAACCACAAGUCAGAUUUGUAACUUCAGCAAUUCAUUGGUGUAUAAGCCCUUUUUUCUCCCUGUUUUCUGUAAAAGUCAAUAAUAAAAUGAUGAUAAUUAAA